AAGUUAACAUUACUGCCUAUCUUUGAUAAAUGCUGGUUGCACACUGGUGAAGGUGGUUUCGAAGUAGCAGCAUCUGUCAACUGCGGAGGGAAGCUUCACCACGGGUAUCUUACAGUACUUUCCUGCUUUGAACUGUUACUUAUAGACACAUGUAAUGCAUUCGCUUGCGCAGGAAAUUAAAUCAUUUUCCAAGACUAACUUGAGGAAGCAAUGCACCCGAGUGACAACAUUAAGUGGGAGGAGGAUCAUAGAGACAUGGAAAGGUUCCACCGUACAUGUCGUUGAAGAUGCCGUGACGCCCGGGACUGCCUGUGGAUAUGUACAAGACAACAGCUGGGAUCUCCAAGUUGGCGUUAUUAAGCCUUAUCUUCUGCUGGCCUCGCAAGACGCUGCCCAAGACUUUGGCACAUUGAGGAAAUUUAAGGUUUCACAUAUAUUGAACGUUGCAUAUGGUGUCGAAAACGCCUUUACAGACCUAUUUAUUUAUAAAACGUUAAGUAUACUGGAUCUUCCGGACACUGUCAUCACUUCAUACUUCGACGAGUGCUUCCAGUUCAUAAACCAAGCCGAAUCAGAGAAAGGAGUAGUGCUGGUCCACUGUAAUGCUGGAGUCUCUCGCUCUGCUGCGGUAGUCAUCGGAUACCUGAUGUCAAAGGAGGGGCUGGCUUUUGAUGACGCAUUUGCAGCUGUGAAAGUGGCAAGGCCAGCAAUUUGUCCAAAUCCUGGUUUUCUUGAACAGUUGAAAAAAUACAGGCCACAGGGGGAACUGCAAAUCAACGGUGUCGGCCACACUUGAACAGCAUUGCAAUGUAUGGAAAUAUUUGGCAGUCAGUAUAUAUAUAUAUAUAUAUAUACACACACACUGUUUCAAAUUUGGAGGGCUCACGUGUGGUAUGUGGAGUUACCCUGUAGCUGAGAAUUGUUUUGCCCUGUUGAAAUGGAAAAAAAAUAUAUGAGUGAGAGGUAGUCUGCUCAGAAGUGACAUAAUUUGAUUUUUUUUUAACUUUUUCAAUUGUACGAUUAGGACACUUGAGUCACAAUACCCUGCAAAUACCAAGAGAGUGUUGUAUUAAUUUCAUUUUCAUUUAAUUGCACACACACAAGCAAAGAAUACUAAAAAGGUUGAAGAUAUUUUUUUGCAGAUGUCCUGACUUUGUUUUGGAUUGUCACUUAUUAAAAAAUUAUUACACACAAAUGUCUUAUAUUUUGUACUUUGAGAUUAAAUUUUAAGCUUAUUUGUAACCUUAAAAAGAAAUUAUAUUAUUUCUUAUAACGUACAGUCUGAGAGAACAUUACAGUAUAUACUAAAUAAGGAUUUCCACUUUGAAUACAGUCUCAGUACCAUAGCAUUUAAACAAAUUUUAUCUUGGUUAGUUGUGGUAAGGUAUUUGUUUUUAAAAUGUAAACAUUUGUUGUUCUUUACUUUUUAGUGGUUAUUUCUUUCAUACUGUUCUGAAUGAGUGUAACUUGUUGAAAUAUGUUAUUUAUUUUCAGAAUCUUUUUAUUGUUAUGUACAUGUAUUCUGCUGAGAGUCAGCUUUUGUCCAAGAAUUACAGUUUCUGGUUUUUGAUUCAUCCACACUGUCCUGGAGAGGAGGUGUUCUUCUAAAGUUUGGUUGCUUCCUGAAUUUGUCUGAAUAAAAUAUUAAUGAAAGUUA